AUGGAAGUCUACAUUGACGACAUGCUCGUCAAGUCACUCGUCGCUUCCGAUCAUGUCAGCCAUCUUCGCAUGUGCUUCGAUAUUCUAGACCAAUAUGGCAUGAAGCUCAAUCCCACUAAGUGCACGUUUGGCGUAACGUCCGGCGAGUUCCUCGGAUACAUAGUCACACAGCGCGGCAUUGAAGCCAAUCCGAAACAGAUCGCAGCUAUAUUCGAGCUCCCGUACCCGACAACCAAACGAGAAGUCCAGCGACUAACCGGAUGCAUUGCAGCAUUUAAUCGAUUCAUAUCCAGAUCGACAGAUAAGUGCUUGCCGUUCUAUCAACUUCUCCGUGGUAACAAGCAUCUAGAAUUUAACGAGAACUGCGAAGAAGCGUUUUCCAAGCUUAAGAAAUACUUGUCUACGCCGCCAAUUCUAUCUAAGCCCGAAACUGGCGAAACACUCUACCUGUAUAUCGCGAUUUCGGAGUAUACGGUCAGCAGUGUCCUAGUUCGAGAAGACUGGGGCGAGCAGAAGCCAAUUUUCUACACAAGUAAGUCCCUCGAUGGAUCGGAGUAUCGCUACCCAACCUUGGAGAAAUUUGCCUUCGCCGUGGUUAUCUCCGCACGAAAGUUACGCUCAUACUUACAGUUGCAUUCGAUCGUUGUCCUAACCGACCAUCCUCUUCGUACCUUCCUUCACAGCCCAAGUCAAUCCGGCCGACUCGCCAAAUGGGCCAUUGAACUUAGCGAAUAUGAUAUCGAAUACAGAGGAAGGACUGCAACGAAGUCCCAAGUCUUGGUAGAUUUCUUGGUCGAACUCCCGCCUGAGCUCGUCGAUGCAAACCCGGCCGUACAGCCUUGGAUCCUCCAUGCCGAUGGCUCCUCUUCCCAUAAAGGAUCUGGCAUCAGGAUUCAUCUCAAAUCUCCUGAAAGCGAGGUCAUCGAACAAUCAUUGUGCCUUGGCUUCCCGACAUCUAACAACGAAGCCGAAUAUGAAGCGCUAAUUGCCGGACUACGACUCGCCAAAAGAAUCGGCGCCGAACACGUCCACGCCUACUGCGACUCUCAACUCGUGGCUAACCAGUUUCACGGCGAAUACGGAGCCAAGAAUGAUCGUAUGGAUGCGUACCUCAAAGUCCUUAAAGAUAUUGCUUCGGAAUUCUCGACCCUCGAGCUCACAAAAAUACCGCGUGAUGAGAACGCAACCGCUGACGCCCUGGCCGCCCUUGCAACUAACUCCGAUCCCAAUCUCCGACGAACAAUCCCAAUCGCGGCAAUCGAACGACCUAGUAUCGAGCCCGCUCCAAGCUGCAACAUCGUUACAAGACGACGCGAUUACGAAGCCCGACCCAACCUAGCUCCACCCCUCACCCGAAAGACAAAGCCUAAGGAAGUUGUCACCGAUCUCGAUACUGAAAUGAACGAACAAGACAACAACGAGUCCGAUCACGAAGACGAAUACGAAGGCCAACACGUUCCAAUCGAUAUCGAAGCCGAGGGCGAAGAUGAGCCCAAACAUUGGACUUUAGAGAUUGUGGGCUACAUUGGCGACGGAACGGUUCCCGCAGAAAAAUGGGCAGUUCAACACCUUAAGGCUCGCGCAGCUCGAUACAUAGUUAUUAAAGGCAUUCUCCUUAGAUGGGACGCGUCCGGUGUACUUUUGACUUGUGUUCACGGCAACGACAUCAUGGAAGUUAUGCAGAAAGUACACGAAGGAGAAGGAGGAAAUCACUCUGGAGCUCGGUCUUUGGCAUUUAAGAUAAAAAAAGCCGGUUAUUACGGGCCUACUAUGCUUUCCGACUGCGAAAAGUAUACCGCACGCUGA